UCGCUGUCUCUGUCAAAUAAGUAAAAUCUUAAAAAAGAAAAAGUCCAGAUCAUUCUAACACACAGCUGGGUUGAGGACCACUGCUCCGUGCUAUAGGCAGCAUCUGAUCGGGGUCUACUAAGCCCACUUAGGGGCUUCUGGAAACGUGCUUCUGUCUUUCACAGCCGAGGCACAGUCUCACACUGAGGUGCGGUGCAUGGGGCUGGCAGAUUAAGGACGACUCCACCGGGACUUGGGUGUAGGUUUUCCCUGGUCCAUCCUGGAUGUGCUGUCCCUGGGAAGAAUCUUCUUGAAAUGUCCGUCUCUGUUUUCAUUCCUGUCAGCAAGCACGUGCUUAGUGCUCAGCUCUCGUCUUUGUCACUAGAACCAGUGUUUGGCCUCCUUGCUGUUCAGACCCUGCUCUCUCUGAAGUCCUGCUACAACCCACCGCACCCUUUUGGUCUCUGCCACUCCCCUACGGUGUCGUCAGAACAAUUUCAUAAGAAGUGCGGCUCCGCACCUGUUUUCUUGAUUCUAGACACGGAGCCUUCUUUGCUACCAGGGGUACCGGGACCCCUGCUCCCCAGCCCGGUCUCACGAGCAGUCACUCCAGAUCUCAGUUUACCUUGUGUCAGCCACCCAUCCCCUGCUUCCCCCAGGCUGUCAAAAUCCAAUCCGGCCUCCUGGGCCUGGGGCCGCGCCACCUCCUGCAGGAAGCCUGGCGCAGCCGUUGGAUGUUCCGAGGCCGUGACCCGGGAGAGCAGGGCCUCUCCCAGUAACUCUGGAGACGCCGGGCCCUGCUCGGCAGAAUGCUCGCUGUGCUCUGCCUCCCGUCCCUCUUCACUUCUCCCGACCGGCGCCCCUUCAGUACUGUCCUUCGUGACUUUCCGAAGAGGUCAGGCAGAGCUGAGAGCUCACCCCUUGUCCCAGGCACUCAUUCUGCUGGUCUCUGAGCAGGGGUCAGAGGACACGUUGGCUUGCCUCCCAGAGACCGUCUUUAUAACCCCGGUGAUCAGAAGCACCGACGCUUGCUCAAGUGACUUAAGGUCCUGGUGCUGGAGUGGGCCGGCUCUCCAGCUGCCCCUGGAGAUGCCACAGGGACAGAGCCACAGCCUCCUGCGGCGCCCUGAGGUCCAUCCACUCUGCCUGUGCAAAAUGCUUUGCGAACGUCACCUUUCACAGGUUGAGGCUACUUUACAAGGAUAUAUGAAUAAAAUGUCCAGGAAACACAAAAGACCUUCAUUACUCUCUUUGGUCCAAAUAUUUCCGAGGCCCAAACCGGGUCGGCCCACGGGCCCCGGCUACAUCUCCGAUGCGGCGCAGCGGCGGCGGCGGCGAGCUCACCCUCUCUGCUGCGGCCUCUGGGUGAUCAGCAGUAAGGCUUCAGUGCGAACUGCAAAGCCGCAAAACACACGGUAAAAUUACAAGCCAAAUAACAGAAAUUCAGAGCUCAUUUAAUUACCUAAGGGAAACUCUCUAAGGAUAUCACGAACAGAGGCAGGGAAUUUGUUACGGACGGCACAACAGCGCUCUCCCCAGCACGUACAAAGCGCAAAUCGAUGCUCUCUGUCUGUGAAAAAUAAAAAAACACAUUUAUUUGAACAGCCAAGAAAAAAAUUGCAAUUUAUUAAGAUUCAACAAAGCGUUGUACUUCGGAAAGCAACUUUCGGUGCAUGUUCUUCAACGAUCACAUUCUAUGAGGAAAAAACAUUAAAAGCCACAAACUUGUUUUUUAAUCUCAGAGUUACAGACAUCUUUUAAUUCAAAAGAAAAAGGUCAAAAAAAAAAAAUCAACAAAACCCAAAAACAAACAGAGUCUUUACUUCCAUCCCCAAUUUAAAAUUCUCAGUUUUUCUACAGCUCGAUGCGAAGCGGCAGCAGGAGAGCCGUCGGGUGCCCGCACGCACACACACACGCACGCACGCACAUAUAUUUGAUAUACACACGUGAGGGUAUGUACAUCGAAUAUAUAGAACGCAUGUAACGGCAAUGAGAUGCUAGUACUCUGAGGAAGGUUGGUUUCGCUAACACGACUCAGCUUGAGAAAACAAGUCUUGAACCCAGUUUGUGCAUAGUUCAUGAUCCUCUAUAAAACCAGCUUUUGUUGAUCUGCAAUUUUGCAGGACCUUCUUUUUUUGUUUUUUUUGUGGGUUUUUUGUUUUUUUUUGUUUUUUGUUCUUUUGUUUUGUUUUGAUAAAACCAUUAAAAAGCUAAUUAAAAAAAAUGUAAUGCACAAGUUUCCUGAUCAAGCAGGCAGGGAGCACAAUGUUCAUAUAUUUUUAAACAUACUUGAGGGUAUGUUACUCCAUUGUCUGUCUUUCUUGCAAAACAAUCAAAACAUUGAUCAUUUUUAAAACAUAAAGCAAUUUUUAAUAUAUAAAGCACUCUUCAAACAUCUAUUUCUUUUGAGUCCGUUAUUUGGUAAAUAUGUAACUGCUACACAUUAGAGAUUAGGUAUUUUUCUUCUUUGUGUUUUUUUUUUUCCUUUUUUCUUUUUUUUUCUUUAUUUUUUUUUUUUUUGUUUUUUAAUAACA